AUGGCUCCUCCCUAUCGAGACGACCCGUUCGGCUCUCCCAAUCCGAACGACAACGACGAGGUCAGCCGAGAUCGUCGAACGCGAAGCCAGAGCAGAUCGAGAAUGUCGCACGAGUCUGGGUCCUCCGUUUCCACCACUAGUAUCGUCUUCGACCGCAUUGGCGAACGCGUUGCUGCUGAGAAGGCGGCUGCUUAUGAGAAGCAGCAACGCCGCAGUCGCGGAGACAAUGACGAUGAUGAGGACGAUGACGACGACGAAGAGCUGAAAGACGAGCUGAACACCGAUGACCUCGAGACGGGCCCCUUCCUCGGCAAUAACACCGGCAGCUCUGCCCAACAUGCGGCCAACAAGAAGAAGAAUAAGAAUGGGGCUGGUGGUAAAGGCAAGGGCAUGGACCGUGGGAUGCGCCGGGUGCUCCUCAUCACAGCCGGUCUGCUAGUCGCUGCGUGGGUCGCCGGCCUCGUUGUCUACGUCGCGUCCAAGUCGUACAAGCCCGCCUCCGCGACGGCGCACGAUCCGCAGGCGACCGUGGUAAGAGGCUCGGGCAAGGCUGUCACGCUGGAUCAGGUCAUGGGCAGCUUUUGGCAUCCUGAGGUACAUUCCAUUCGGUGGAUUGCCGGGCCGAAUGGUGAGGAUGGGUUGUUGGUGGAGAAGGAUGCGGGCGAGAAGGGGUACCUGGUUGUGGAGGAUGUGCGGUCGCAGAAUGUAGAGAGUGCCAAUGCCGCGGGCGUGCAGGUGGCGGAAUCGAGGGUGUUGAUGAAGAAGGGGGACUUCGCGUAUGGGGAGAAGAACUAUAAUGUUCAGACGACCGCGCUGAGUCGGGACUUGCAGCGGGUGCUGCUGGGUACCAAUGUGGAAUCGAAUUGGCGCCACUCGACGUAUGCGACGUACUGGAUUUUCGAUGUCGAGUCGCAAACUGCUGAGCCCCUCGUUCCGGGGGAGCCCGAAGCGCGGAUCCAGCUGGCCCAGUGGAACCCCGCGGGUGAUGGGGUGGCGUUUACUAGGGACAAUAACUUGUUCCUGCGCAAGGCCGGCUCGGACCAGGUGAUUCAGAUCACCAAAGACGGCGGCUCGGAGGUGUUCAACGGUGUGCCGGACUGGGUCUACGAGGAAGAGGUGUUCUCCGGGUCCAGUGCGACGUGGUGGUCCGAGGACAGCAACUACAUUGCCUUCUUACGGACCAACGAGACCGGCGUGCCCGAGUACCCUGUGCAGUACUUCCUCUCGCGGCCUAGCGGGACGCAGGCCGUCGACGGCGAGGAGUCGUAUCCCGAGGUCAGGAACAUCAAGUACCCCAAAGCGGGCGCACACAACCCUGUCGUCGAGCUCAAGUUCUACGACGUAACGCGCGGCGAUGUCUUCUCGGUCGAUAUCUCGGGAGGGUUCGCGGAUGACGACCGCCUCAUCACAGAGGUUGUCUGGGCUGGCAGCCAAGUGCUGGUGAAGGAGACGAACAGGGUCAGCGAUGUCAUGCGUGUUGUGUUGGUGGAUGUGGCCGCCCGCGCUGGCAAGACGGUCAGGACGACAGACGUCAAGGCCAUUGAUGGUGGCUGGUUUGAGAUUACCCACCAGACCAAGCACAUCCCUGCCGACCCGGCCAAGAGCCGUGAACAUGACGGCUACAUUGACCUCAUCAUCCACGGCGAUGGUAACCAUUUGGCGUAUUUCACGCCGCUGGAUAACCCCGACCCUGUGAUGCUCACGUCGGGCGACUGGGAAGUUGUCGACUCUCCGUAUUCUGUGGACUUGGACCAGAACGUGGUCUACUUUGUGGCCACCAAGGAAUCGUCCAUCCAACGUCAUGUGUACCAGGUCAAGCUCACCGGCGAAGACCUGGCACCGGUCUCGGACGUCUCGAGCGAAGGAUACUACGCCAGCUCGUUCUCCAACGGCGGCGGCUAUGCUCUGCUAUCAUACCAAGGCCCGGGAAUACCCUGGCAGAAGGUCAUCAGCACGCCGAGCAACCCGCACAAGUACGAGCACACGGUGGAGGAGAACCAGGCCCUGGCCGAGAACGCCAAGAAGCACGAGCUGCCCCUUCAGACCUACGGCACCAUCAACGUCGACGGCGUCGACCUCAACUUCGUCGAGCGGCGGCCCCCGCACUUUGACGCCAACAAGCAGUACCCCGUCCUCUUCCAGCAGUACAGCGGGCCCGGCUCGCAGACCGUCAACAAACGGUUCGCCGUCGACUUCCAAUCCUUCGUCACCUCCGGGCUCGGCUACAUCUGCGUGACCGUCGACGGGCGCGGGACCGGCUACAUCGGGCGCAAGAACCGUGUCAUUGUGCGCGGCAACCUGGGCGAAUACGAGUCGCACGACCAGAUCGCGGCGGCCAAGAUCUGGGCGGCGAAGCCCUACAUCGACGAGACCCGUCUCGCCAUCUGGGGCUGGAGCUACGGCGGGUUCAACACGCUCAAGACGCUGGAGCGCGACGGCGGCGAGACGUUCCGGUACGGCAUGGCCGUGGCCCCCGUCACGGACUGGCGCUUCUACGACAGCAUCUACACGGAGCGCUACAUGCUCACCCCGCAAACCAACGGGCACGGCUACGACACCAGCGCCAUCCUCAAUACGUCGGCUCUGGCACAGAAUGUGCGCUUCUUGCUGAUGCAUGGCGUUGCGGAUGAUAAUGUGCAUUUCCAGAACUCGCUUACGCUGCUGGAUAAGCUGGACCUCGCGGGCGUGGAUAACUAUGACGUGCAUGUGUUCCCGGACAGCGAUCACAGCAUUUAUUUCCACAACGCGCAUCGGAUUGUGUAUGAGAAACUGACUAACUGGCUGAUUAACGCCUUCAACGGCGAAUGGCUCAAGGUUGCCCACCCAAAGCCGAAUGGCAAGAAGAGGGCCGUAUGA